AUGAGCUGCUGGAUGUUCAUUGGAGGAUCGGCAUAUGUGCUGCAGGAGGCCCAGGUGCACCUCAUUGAUGCCGGGGUCUGUAACAGCAGCGGCUGGUACAGAGGGGCCAUCCACACCCACAACAUCUGUGCUGGCUAUCCGCAGGGUGGCAUCGACACCUGCCAGGGGGACAGCGGUGGGCCUCUUGUGUGCCAAGACAAGAGCGCUGACUACUUCUGGCUUGUUGGCCUGACCAGCUGGGGGAUGGGCUGUGCGAGAGCAAAGAAGCCCGGAGUCUACACCUCCACCCAGCACUUCUACAACUGGAUCCUGGAACAGAUGGGCCUGCACACAGCAGUAGCGACUACUGCAAGGCCGCAGCCAGCCUUCACCUCCACCCCCGUUCACAGGCCAACACCAACAGAAGCAGGAAGGUUUAUACCCUUCCCAUUUAGAGGUCAGAAGCUGUGGGAUUUCCUUUCUUGGCUGCAGAAGUUGGUGCAGUUCCUAAUAGGAGAAAAGGUUUGAUUAGCCGGACAGAGAGGAUCCAGGGCUGGCUGCAGCGCACCACCACCAUUUCCCGCUGGGGCAAUGCCUGCUGAUGCAAAGGCAGCCUCAGUGUCAAAGGCCUGCUCUGUCCUGCCCGCGCUCCUCUCAACGGAAGAGCUCAGCUGGCUGAGUCCCUGCAAUAAAGUGUUUCAGUUCUGUGGCUAA